CGCCUGCGCAGUGCGACGGGGAUGGCGCAUUUUCUCGCACCGAGUAAUGCGGCGUCGCUGGCGGCUGAAAAGGGCGGAGAGUGCCGAAGUGAAGCAGUGGGAGGGUUUGGUGUUGGCGGCGGGAGGAGCCUCAAAGUGAAUUGUAAAGGAGGAAGUUGAGGCACGGUAGUGCUGCUUUGGGACCGGCAGUGUGAAGCCUUGUCAUCACCGUUCUACCGGGAGCAGAGGUGGAGGCGGCGGGGGAACCCGAAUGAUCAGCUUUUUUGCAUUCUACAAAUUAUGGAAGAAGCUCAGAAGACAUCUGAAAGAAUUCUUUUAGAACCCUACAGGUACUUACUUCAAUUACCAGGUAAACAAGUGAGAACCAAACUAUCACAGGCGUUUAAUCACUGGUUGAAAGUUCCUGAAGAUAAGACACAGAUUAUCAUUGAAGUUACAGAGAUGUUACAUAAUGCCAGUUUACUUAUUGAUGACAUUGAAGACAACUCAAAACUACGACGUGGCUUUCCUGUUGCUCACAGCAUAUAUGGAAUUCCAUCUGUAAUCAAUUCUGCCAAUUAUGUAUAUUUCCUUGGUCUGGAGAAAGUCUUAACUCUUAAUCAUCCAGAUGCAGUAAAGCUCUUUACCCGACAACUCCUAGAACUUCAUCAGGGACAAGGCUUAGAUAUUUAUUGGAGGGAUAAUUACACAUGUCCCACUGAAGAAGAGUAUAAAGCUAUGGUGCUGCAGAAGACAGGUGGACUGUUUGGAUUAGCAGUAGGUCUUAUGCAGUUGUUCUCCAACUAUAAAGAAGAUUUAAAGCCACUCCUUAAUACACUUGGUCUCUUUUUCCAAAUUAGGGAUGAUUAUGCUAAUCUACACUCCAAAGAAUAUAGUGAGAACAAAAGUUUUUGUGAAGAUCUAACUGAGGGCAAGUUUUCAUUUCCUACUAUUCAUGCUAUUUGGUCUAGACCUGAAAGCACUCAGGUUCAGAAUAUCUUACGCCAAAGGACAGAAAACAUAGAUAUUAAAAAAUACUGUGUACAUUAUCUUGAGAAUGUAGGUUCAUUUGAAUAUACUCGUAAUACUCUUAGGGAGCUUGAAUCUGAAGCCUAUAAACAAAUUGAAACACUUGGUGGAAAUCCUGAGUUGGUAGCUCUCAUUAAACAUUUAAGUAAGAUGUUCAAAGAAGAAAAUUGAUAGUUUUAAAACCUAUUAUUAGCUUGGUGGCUCACUUUGGCCAGAACUUUUGCUCAGUUCAUCUGUCACCAAUUUAAAAUGUUAACCAAGCUACUAGCCUUCAAAAAUCAUUGGAUGAAUAAUGACAUAAAUGAAGUAUUACUCUGUUCAGUCCCUGAUGGUCAUAGGUACAGUGAGGCAAUUACAAAAAGCAGUUGAUUUUUUUCUCUUAAUUGCCCAUCGAGGCACAAAAUUAAAUGGGUCAAGAAACACCAGAUUUGGAUUAGUGAUGUAUGGAAAAAUUAUAAAAUCUCUGUCUUGUGGUCAGAUUUUAUGAAAGAACUUAGACUAUUGCUGUGAAUGUCUCAUUCUUGUCAAUAAAGAGGAAUUCAGCCUCUCUGGAUUGAAUUUUUAUCCCACUAUUUUCCACAGUGCUGUAAUAAUUUUUAAAAUACUUUGAAUUUUCCAUUGUAAUGAUGAUCAUAAAGAAACCUCCAAUAAAAAAAAAAUCAUGGUUAUUUGCUGCUACAGGAUGGAUAUUGGACUUUGUGUUUAGGGGUGUGUGUGUAUAUAUAAUAUAUUUACAUAUAUAUGUGUGUGAAUAUGUAUGUGUAUAUACAUACAUAUAUGUAUAUCUGCCUUAAGAUGUUUACUUUGCUCAAAAAAUAUCUAAAGUUGACUACAUAGCUAGAAAUUACUUAGUCUGUAAAACAAAGGUUUUAGUAGAUUUUAUUCCCAACACAACAUGGUAUAGUAUGGGAUUAGUACUUCUUAAAAUUCUGCUUGAUCACAUGUAUCUUGCCUUAUUAUUGGCUGCAAUAACAACUUUUGUGGAGUUUGAAUUUUUAAAAUAAUACUGUAGAAUCAGCUUUAUACCAAAAACAAAUGACAAUCAUCUGUUUUGUAUUGUUUUUUAAACCAUAUACAUUAAACUGCAGCAAAAA